AUGCCGGCCAUCAAGAAGCAGCGCGUAGCUGCCUCCGGGACGGCCGCGGACGCUAUCUCCAUUUCCUCCUCCUCUUCACCCUCCAUCAUCUCCAUGGGGUCAAGCACGAGCUCCAACUCCCAGCCGCAGCCCAGACGGUCUGCACGUAUCAGUGUGAGCGUGGCUUCUUAUUCAGAAGAACCGGUCAUUUUUGCUGGUGCUGGUCCGAGCGCAGGUACAGCUGCAGCGACUGCUCCCAAGCCCAAAAAGGUUGCCAAAUCUACCAAAAGUCGCGCUGCACCCGUCGUUCUCAUUCCUAAAUCAGCUCCCUCCGCAGCCAAAGGAAAAGGCAAAGGCAAAGCCCAAGCGGUUGACGUGGACGCGUACGAUAUCGACUUGGUGGAGGACGACGCGUUCGCCAUGGCUCUUGAGUUUGCAAGUCCUGCUCCGGAAUCUCGAGCACCGGUACCCGGUCACGGCAAGCAAAACGGGUCUGCCGGUCUGCUAGCUGCCCACGAGGAGGAUGAAGACGUGAUCAUCCUGCCGUCCUCGCAGAUGCUGAUGCCGUCGUCACAGAUGCUGGGGACGUCUUCGCAAGGGACGGGACGGAGUGUAUGGAUGGCGGAUGUACGGGCGUGCGAGAAGAUGAGCGAGGAGGAUGGGGUCUGGGUCGUGGAGGGAUACGCGGGUAUGGAGGCUGUCAUUUCGAAUUUGGUCAUGGACGAAGUGGAGACUUCUACGGCCUUCACGUUGUCGUUCGAAGAUAUGGAUGGCUCGAGUUUCCUAUAUGGCCUGAACAUCGUCUUUGACGACCUCCCCAACUACCCCAUGUCCUACGAGACCUCCAUCUCCCUAACCACCCCCAGCCCGGCGCGGCGCGCCCACACGCGCGCCUUUGAGCGCUUCUCCUCCGCCUUCGACCUCUCCGUCAAGGACCUCAUCACCCGCCUGGUGUCCGCAUUGCAAGGGGACGAUAAUGCCAACGGGGGCACCGCGGAGGAUAUCGAGGAUAUCGCGAUGGGGAUGGGAGGGGAUGGGGACGAUGAUAUGUUUGGGGAUGGGCCGGUAGUGCAGGUGGGGAGAGGGUUUGAGGUGGCUAGGGGGAGUCAGGCGGAUUUGGGGCGGGAUUGGGGGAAGGUCAAAGUGGACUUUACGCAGGCCAAAAGUAUGGGCUAUCGGCCUGGAUUGACCCGGAUUUCGGACUACUGGGUUGUAUCAUACUCUAUCCCCCUGAAGAGCAUGGCUAUCGACCCGAACGAGCUAGCUAUCUGGGAUGAUGAUCUCGCAGACGCAUGUGCGGACGAUCAGCGGUUUACCCUGCUCAUGCGGGUGGAUGGGUAUGGCGCAAGUUAUACGGAUACGAAGUGGUCACUUGCUCUGGACAAGAACUACAAACCCUCCGAAGAGACCAUCACCCGCCACACCCUGCAACGCCAAAGCACCUCCCUCUCCGCCCCCUCCCGCCCCUUCUUCCUCUCCGACGCGCUCGCGACCCACCUCAAGGUCUUUCCGCGAUCCUACCAACUCCGCACGUCCUACCCUCUCAACUGGGACUCGGCCGACAAGUACGGCAUGGACGACGCCCAAGUCGUCAACAUCUUCCAUAACCAGCAUAUCCCCGUCAAUGAGGGCGGGCGACCCAGCGAUCCGCGCGGUGUACCCGGAGAAGAAAAUGAUCCGAUCGAGAAGGGGAUGGAGGGAAAUUUGGGGUUGGUGGCGUUCUGGUGGUUAUGCCGGAGGUUUGUGCAGGCGACCAAGUACUGUUUGAACUGCGGAGUCAAGGUGGAGGUGGAGGGGCGGCGGCCUUAUGUGUGUGAUAAGGCGCUGUGUUUGUAUGGGAUGAUGUGCCUCGGUCUCGGGCCAUCUCUGUCGCACACCAUUCAGACCCACCCGGGGGUCGUUGAUCUCCUCCUUACAUUUGCGCACGCCGCUGCCAGUUCAGCGACUCGGAUGGAGCUGCCCCUCAAGAUCAACAUCGAAGUCCCCGCCGAAGCCGGCAUCCGCUCCGAGCCCGUCAACUUCGACACCCUCCCCGAGGUCGACCAGCGGCGCGCCCUCGUAUGGCUCAUCGAGUCCCUCCCCCGCGUGUCCGCCAUGCAGCAGCACCUCGCCCAGGGUGACCAUAUCAACAAGCUCCCUGCCUGCCCUGGCGCACUCACCGUCCUACGCUGGGCAGUCGGAUCAUGUCGUGCCUACCUGAAAGAAACGCGGCUCGGCGAAGGGGUCAUCACGGGUACGACGGCGGACCUGGCGGGGAUGCCGCAGUACCAUCACGUGGCUGUGAGCCAGAGCAAUAUCCGGCAGUUUAGCUUUGUGGUGGGGAACCCGGAACAGGAGGCUGGGUUCAGGAGGGAGAUUGAGGAGGCGAAGAAGAAUAAGAAGACCCUGGAGAAGUAUCCGACGUUGUUGGCUUUCCAUGGUUCCGGAGCGGAGAGGUGGCACAAUAUCCUCCGGACCGGUCUGGACUUCAACGAGAUCGCUUGCGGCCGGGCUUACGGGAACGGCGUCUACUUUGCCUCCGACUCCAACACCUCCAUGUCGGCCUACGCCCGCCCCUCGACCGUCCGGCGUCCUAAUGCCGACUUCGUCCUGACGCGCGCUACGGCCUUGACGGAGAUUGUCAAUGUCCCCGAGACGUUUGUCUCCCGGGCUCCCUAUUACGUCGUCAACAAGGUCAAGCAGAUCAAGCCGUUCUUGCUUCUCGUCGAGGGGAUUCUGGCGCCCCCGGAGGUAUCGGCGGUAGAGGGGCAGACCGCAGUCGGGGAUGCAGCAGCAGCAGUAGGGGGAAGUGGAGGGGAGCGGAGCGGACACAAGAUGGAGAGGAAGAGGAGCGGGAAGCUGUUUGAGCAUGAUCCGGCGCUGGCGAUCAAACCGACGUACUUUGGUCAGCCCCUGAACGUGUACAUGCCGGACAAGAUCCCUCGCCUGAAAUACAAAGACACUCAACCCGACCUUCCCUCGGACGCGGCGCUCUACGUCAACCCCGUCUCUGCCUCUCCGGCUAAGUCGAAGUCCAAGCCCAAGAAGCCGAGCUAUACGCCAUACCCCGACGAGUUCUAUACUGGGGUCACGCUCCUCCCUCCCCCUAGUGCGAACAGUACGCAGGCGACCAAGGCGCUCAUGCGCGAGUGGAAGGGGAUCAUGGGGGUGCAGAUGGGGGUUGGGGGGCUGCCUUUCUGGGUGAGGCCGGAUGGCGAUCGACUCUAUUCAUGGACUUUGGAAAUGUUCGAGUUCGACAAAGACAGCCUUCUCGCCAAAGAGAUGAAGCAGCUCAAGAUUCAGGCUGUCGUCGCCGAAGUCCGAUUCCCCGCGUCUUUCCCGGUCUCGCCACCGUUUAUGCGCAUCAUCUAUCCGAGAUGCCUGCCGUUCUUGCAAGGUGGUGGAGGUAAUAUCACGGCUGGCGGGUCUAUCUGUAAUGAGAUCUUGACUGCGACUGGAUGGAACCCUACCUACUGCGUCGAAGCGAUGGUCAGGGACAUUAUGCUCAAUAUGACCGCUGCAGAUCGCCCAGCUCGGAUCGAUAUGAUGCGCUGGCAGACGCCAUAUGGGAUUCAGGAGGCUGUAGAGGCGUAUAAGCGAGUGGCGGCGCAGCACCAAUGGGAAGUGCCCAAAGACUUCGAUAAGAUCACGAUGGCGUAG